AUGCUUGAAGAUGAAUGUCCGGGCAUGAGCAGGUCCGCGUCUUCUAUCAGUAUCCACUCAGUUGGACCGUCAGGGCCAUCGGAUCUAUCAGGGCCAGCACCAACACCAGCCCUGGCUGCUCCAGCAAAGAGCCCAUCUCUAGAGACAUCAUCAGAGGCAGUAUCUAAACCCAGGCCAGCUGAAGAAGAACAAGCAAGGGCAUCAGAAAGCUCCUAUGGUGCUGAAAGGUUCUUCAUGCAUCCUAGGAGUGUCUAUAUUGUCAUCUCAGAACGCAGAAACAUAAGUGAGAAGUUCCACUGGGGUAUCAUUGUUGCUCGCAGCCAGAGAGAAGGCCUCCUUUACCACCGUGUCUUUGAUGGCAGCCAGUGGACAUUAGAGAUUGAAGAACACAAAGAUAUAACGGCAGACAAGGCUGUCCUUCUUAUCCUGAAGGUUGGAGAUGUGCCUGAAGUCACUCCCCAGUGGAUUGAAGCCAUCCAGCAGUGCAUCACCACCGCUAACGUCCCCAGAACCACCAUGGGGGCUGUCACCUGUCGUACCUUUGCCCUAGCUGCUACCUACGAGCUCGGAAACGGCGGCUUCACCAGGCUGUAUCCGAACUGGAAUAAGGCUAGGGGUAUCGAGCAGGAGGCCUAUCAGUUUGCCUGGUAUGCUAGCACUCUUGGACGUCGCCUGGUGGUUUCCAGCCAGUGGAGUGACCUGUGA